GAAGCCGCUCACAUCUUCUUCGUCCUCGCAUUGUUUGAUCAGUGAUCACUCGUUCUCUCCACUUCCACGCUACGCGCAAUUCAGUUUCAGGCCGACCCGCUGGCCUUUACCCCUUAGUUUAAAAGUUGGAGCUAGAAUUCCUAAUUGUCCGUACCUUUGCAGUUUAGUUCUCUCAGGGCUGCUUUCUACAACGAGAGGAGUUUGGUCAGUAAACUAAAAGCUGCUAGAUUCUGGUGAUUUGUUGCGUGUCAAGCUUGCUUGAUCAUGAAUAGAGUUCUGAAAGUGUUCAGUUCUAUGUUCUCGAAACUCAAACGAUUGCUGCGGCGGAGUAAUUCAAGGAUAACCAAUUGCUACGAUUCACUGGAAGAGGUCCCUGAGGUUCUUGAAUUUCUUGGACUUGAGUCUAAUCUCAUUGUCGGCAUCGAUUUCACAAAGAGCAACGAAUGGGAAGGUGUAAAUUCAUUCAGCCAGAGAAGCCUGCAUCAUAUUGGAAUCACUCAAAAUCCUUACCAACAAGCAUUAACUAUUAUCGGAAGAACAAUAACUCCAUUCGACAAGGAGGUCUUGAUCCCUUGCUUUGGAUUUGGAGAUGUAACAACACUGGAUGAAAGUGUCUUCAGUUUUAACCCAGAAAACGAACCAUGUUUCGGAUUUGAUGAAAUGUUGGCUCGAUACAAUGAAAUAGUCCCUCAGCUUCGACUGGCAGAACCAACAUCAUUUGCACCUAUCAUCGAAAUGGCUGUGGGUAUCGUUGAGAGAAGUGGCGGUGACCACCAUGUUUUACUGAUAAUUUCGGAUGGACAGGUAGACAGAAGAUCCAAUGUGGGGAGUGGCCGGUUGAGCCCACAUGAUAAGACAGUGGAAGCAAUUGUACAAGCUAGCGCAUACCCAUUGUCGAUUGUUGCAGUUGGAGUGGGAGAUGGGCCAUGGGACGUGAUGAGGGAAUUUGCAAACGAUAUCCCUGAUAAGGCCACUGGUAAUUUCCAGUUCGUGAAUUUUACAGAAAUCAUAUCAAGGAAUAUACCCAAUUACAGGAAAGAGAUAGAGUUUGCUCAAGCGGCCUUGAAGGGAAUAGUUUUGCAUCAUGAGAAAUUGACUAUGCUUGAGAUAUUGGGUUUUCCAAGAGGGGGAGCUCCAGCUACAGAUCCUUUGCCUACACCCCUUCAUCAUCAUUAUUUUGAGGGAUCAAAUUUGCAGCCAACUGCACCUUCUGUGCAACCUGAAACAAGCAACUCCUUUCAGUCCUUUGACCACUCGACUUGCCCCAUUUGCCUUUCUAAUCCCAGAAACAUGGCGUUUAAUUGUGGGCAUCAGACAUGUGGCGAGUGUGGACGGAGGAUCAACAAUUGCCCAAUCUGUAGGAGCCCAAUUGGAAGUAGAUUAAGGCUCUAUUGAGUGGCGGGUUACAUUACAUAUGCCAAGUGAUGCACUAUUGCUACACAGAUACUGCAUGCAGCACAUCACAUUUUUGUUUUGUUUUCUGUUUUAAUUGUCUGGGUGAGGAUACUUGUUUAAACUGUAAAUUAUGUGGCAGCUUCUGAGUGUUAUAUAUAUUUAGAUUGUAAUCUGACGAUGGCGGUGGCGUAUUUGGUUACAAUUGGGUGUAUAUAGAGUAUAGUCAUACCACCAUCCUUUGGUUACAGCUAUAUAUAUGCCUGUGAGCUAAAAGUAUUUUCGGAUCCUUUAAUUUUACUGCGUGGACUGGGGAAUUUGAAAUGUAGACUUUGAUACAC